CUGCCCAUUUUAUCUGCAUCCACCUGCUGCUUCCUGCUUUCCAGUUCAUUUUUGAGUCGGCUCAGCACUCAUCCAAAAAAGAAGCAGAAAAAUCGCCGUUCUAUUUUUGAGCAACCAGAUAUUCCGUACUACCACUUCAGUUCAGAACUUCAGAUCAUCCAUAUAUAGCAGCUAGUAAUACCGUUAAGGGUUUCUUAGAUAGGCUCUUUGGGCCAUGGAAGUUGGUCGAAUCUUUCACCCAUAACUGGCAUCUCGCAGCAUGCAAAUCGUUUCUGAACUAUCUCAAGGGACCAGGAUCUGGUAAUACGCUUGCAUAACUGUGGUAAACUGAAAACUAAAUAUCGUUGAUAAGUGUGCCUGUAAAUAGGUUUCCCUAAAAAAUCAAGAAGAUAAUCCUACGUGGCUAGCUGUUCACAUAUUCACUUCACGUCUUCACUAGGAGUAGUACUCCUACUUGACUAGCUACUCGGCUACUCCUACUAGUGCCACUAACAGGUAGGGGCAAAGGGCUCAUUUCAUGUCGGCCAAGGCCACGAGAGAUCGGCUAGCCGGCAAGGUAUUAUUAGCGGCGGAUACACGUCCAAUCCAGUCGAUUCGGGCCGUUUAUUUUCGCAUCCGUCCCAGAUGGCGAAAGGGAGACCUCCGAUCCGGCCUGUAAUGCAGUUAGGUGCCGAGCGGCUCCACGGCGCCACCACUGCCAACGCAUUCAAGCUCAGACCGUACUCGCCGUUCGUGAAAAUUUUGCACUGCAUCUUCUCGUGUCCGAGAGGGGGGAAAAAUUGGAGGCCGAGAUCGUCCAGUCGGUACCCUGCUGUCGACAUGGCUGCAAUGAGUGAGGCCAAGACUGAAGCCACCUACACGGCAUAAAUUCUGACAGCUGGGCUUAGCUUGCUUGCUCUCCGAUCCUGCUCCGAAUUUAUGGUGACAACGGGCCGUUUGGUUGCGGCGUUCGCGGUUAAAGCGUACGUGACGCAGGACGACAACCUGAUCGGGACGCUGACGGUGCGGGAGACGAUCGGCUACUCGGCGCUGCUGCGGCUGCCGGACAAGAUGCCGCGGGAGGACAAGCGCGCGCUGGUGGAGGGCACCAUCAUCGAGAUGGGGCUCCAGGACUGCGCCGACACCGUCAUCGGCAACUGGCACCUCCGCGGGGUCAGCGGCGGCGAGAAGCGCCGCGUCAGCAUCGCGCUCGAGCUCCUCAUGCGGCCGCGCCUCCUCUUCCUCGACGAGCCCACCAGCGGCCUCGACAGCUCGUCGGCGUUCUUCGUGACGCAGACGCUGCGGGGCCUGGCCAGGGACGGCCGGACAGUGAUUGCAUCCAUCCACCAGCCCAGUAGCGAGGUAUUCGAGCUCUUCGACAUGCUCUUCCUGCUCUCCAGUGGCAAAACCGUCUACUUCGGCCAAGCAUCGCAAGCAUGUGAGUUCUUUGCUUCAGCCGGUUUCCCCUGCCCGCCUCUGAGGAAUCCGUCGGACCAUUUCCUCAGGUGCGUCAACUCCGACUUUGACAAAGUGAAGGCCACCCUCAAAGGAUCAAUGAAAGCAAGGAUUGAGAGGUCCGACGACCCACUGGAUAGGAUGACCACAUCAGAGGCCAUCAGGAAGUUGAUUGCAUCAUACAGCAGGUCCCAGUACUACUACGCCGCAAGGGAGAGAGUCAACGAUAUCUCGCGAAUAAAAGGAACCGUGCUGGAUUCAGGUGGCAGCCAGGCCAGCUUCCUGAUGCAGGCUUGCACCCUGACCAAGCGCUCGUUCAUCAACAUGUCACGGGACUUUGGGUAUUACUGGCUCAGGCUCCUCAUCUAUCUCCUCGUGACAGUUUGCAUCGGCACAAUAUACCUGGACGUCGGCACCAAAUACACAUCCAUCCUGGCCCGGGCUGCUUGUUCUGCAUUCGUCUUUGGGUUCGUUACAUUUAUGUCCAUCGGAGGAUUCCCUUCAUUUGUUGAAGAAAUGAAGGUUUUCCAGCGGGAACGGCUGAAUGGGCACUAUGGUGUUGUGGCAUUUGUUAUCAGCAACACCAUCUCAGCAACACCGUUCCUGAUCCUGAUAUGCUUCUUGUCGGGAACCAUAUGCUACUUUAUGGUGCGCCUCCAUCCUGGUUUCGAACACUAUAUCUUCUUCGUCUUGAACCUAUACGCCAGUGUCACCGUGGUCGAGAGCUUAAUGAUGGCAAUUGCCAGUGUAAUUCCCAAUUUUCUCAUGGGUAUCAUCAUAGGAGCUGGAAUUCAGGGAAUAUUUAUGCUUGUGUCUGGAUACUUCAGACUUCCGUACGACAUCCCAAAGCCAUUUUGGAGAUACCCCAUGCAGUACAUCAGCUUCCACUACUGGGCGCUGCAGGGCCAAUGCCAGAACGAUAUGAAAGGCCUCGUAUUUGACAACCAGUACCCAGAUCAACCCAGGAUACCUGGGGAGUUCAUCCUGAAGUACAUCUUCCAGAUCAACGUGAACAGGUCCAAGUGGAUUGACCUGUCGGUUAUCUUCAGCAUGAUCUUCAUCUACCGCACCCUGUUCUUCCUCAUGAUCAAGAUCAACGAGGACGUGCUGCCAUGGAUCCGUGGCCACAUCGCCAGGAAAAGGAUGCAGAACAAAGCCCCGAGCUCAACCUUCGGCAAGACGCCCUCCCUACGAGGCUAUGUUGUGGAUCCAGAGCUUGGAUCCAACGAGGGCUAGAGGGCAAAGCUGGUUGUUUUGGGUGGUAGCAGGAAUAGGCAUUUCUCUCCCAGCUCUUGGUGUUGUAUUGUACGUAUUUAAGAGAUGAGAGGAGCUGGUAUCAUACGUUUUGGAACCAAAGCUAAUUUGAGUACAGGUAUACAUACAUGUAAUGUGAGCAAAGCGGCAUCAGACGGAAAGAUGCCGAGUGACACAUAACUGAUUGUUGAGGAUUUAUUGGCUGCUUUUGAAAACAGACGAAGAAAAGGUUGGAGCA